AUGGCAUCGCCAGGAAACCGCCUUGGUGCCAGUCCGCCAAGCGGCUCAGCCUCGGCUGCGAUACUGCUCAACAGGCAGUUCAAACAGAUGCAGACAGAUAAGGACAUCCCAGGCAUAAGUUGUGGACUAGUUGGCGACAGUGUCUUUGAGUGGGAAAUCAUGAUCAUGCUGGACGAGGAGCAGGACGGUCUGUAUGGAGGCGGCUGCUUCAAAGGCAAUAUGUCUUUCCCGCCUACCUAUCCACAUGCUCCGCCACGUCUUAAGUUUCAGACACCGCUCUUCCAUCCAAACGUCUUCGAGAACGGCGAAGUCUGUAUCUCCAUCUUACAUCCGCCGGGGGACGACAAGUAUGGCUACGAGAGCGCUGCAGAGCGAUGGUCACCUGUGCAGACUCCCGAGACUAUCUUGCUGAGUGUGAUCAGCAUGCUGGGAAGUCCAAACGACGAGAGUCCGGCUAAUAUCGAGGCUGGGAAGUUGUGGAGAGAGGACAAGAAGGAGUUCAAGAAGAAAGUGAGGAAAUGUGUCAGAGAUAGUCAGGAAAACGCUUGGGACUAG